AUGAAAAACACGCAGUUACAAACUCUACAAAAACAUCUGGAUGAAAUUAACAAAAGCGUUUCUGAAAUCAAGAAUGAAAUCGAUUCAAUUGAUGUUGCUGUGGAUUCUAAUGACAUUUCAAAACUAUUCAGUGUUUCAUUUGUUAUGAACAGAUACAAAGAUCUUCCAGGGAAAAUUGUGCCCUAUUUACCUAAAUUUGCUUUUGGAAGAAUCCAAGGAGAAGAACUUCGUAAGUUCUUUGGAUCCUUAUCAUCAAGUUCUUCAACAUUAUAUAAACAUGGCUACAGAAUGACCACAAGACAGAAAUCACCAGAAACGGGAUCCUCUCCUCCAAUCAAACAGCUACUUGAUGAACCAGAGAUUGCCACUACCAUAGACACUGGGUAUGGAUACCUUUACAAUGUGGCAUGUCUGAAUGAUGAAAAUAUCUGGACAAGUGGAGAAGACAGCACAAUGAAACUCUUCAGCAUCAAUCAGGGAUCACUACUCAAGUCAAUCACAACCAAGUCAGGGAACGCAAAAUCUAACAUAGCAGUGACAAAAGGAGGAGAUUUAGUUUAUACUGAUACCAAUGACAGAACUGUAAAUAUUGUGAAAAAUGAAAAGAUAGAGGAGGCGAUCAGCCUACAGGAAUGGAGACCUAAAGGUGUCUGCAGUACCUCCUCUGGUGACCUCCUGGUUAUCAUGGACAGUAAGGAUGACAAACAAACGAAAGUUGUUCGUUACUCUGGCUCCAUAGAAAAACAAACCAUUCAGUUUGAUGAUGAGGGUAAACCACUCUAUUCACCUAGUUAUCGUUACCUAAGAAAUGUUACAGAGAACAAAAACCUAGAUAUAUGUGUAGCUGACGAUGGAACUGGAGUGAUAGUGGUGGUCAAUCAGAACAAACCAUUCUAUCCACGAGGAAUCACCACAGACAGUCAGAGUCGCAUCCUUACAGCUGAUAUGAACAAUGACUGUGUCCACAUCAUAGACCAAGAUGGACAGUUUCUCCGUUACUUAGACUGUGGACUGACUGAACCCUGGGGACUGUGUACCGAUACAAAUGACAAUCUAUUUAUUGCUCAAUGGGAAAAUAAACAAGUGAAGAAAAUCAAAUAUCUGACUGUAAUGAUGGACCCUCGUACCAGUGCCCGGGAAGUGAUGCGAUGUGACUUGUGUGAGACCGCUGUGGUACAGAUGCACUGUGAUACAUGUCUUGUCAACCUGUGCAAGGCCUGUGUGGGAGAACAUGCUUCAGCUGAUCUUUCCAAACCCCAUAAAAUUGUUGAUUUCAAGUAUAGAAAAUCCACUAUGUUCUAUCCUGCUUGCAGAUCUCAUGAUAAAGAACUUUGUGAAAUGUUCUGUAAACAAUGUGACAUUCUUUUACAAACUCUACAGAAACAUCUGGAGGAAAUUUAUGAAAACAUUUCUGAAAUCAAGAGUGAAAUCGAAUCCAUUGAGGUUGCAAUGGAUUCUAAUGACAUUUCCAAACUAUUCAGUGUUACAUCUGAUAUGAACAGACUCAGAAAUCUUCCAGAAAAAAUUGUGCUCUCCUUACCUACAUUUACUUCUGGAAAAAUCCAAGGAGAGGAAUUUUCUAAUCUCUUUGGCGCUUUAUCAUCAAGUUCUUUAACAGAUAAACAUGGCUACGUAUACAGCAUGAAGACAACACAGAAAUUACCAGAAGCUGGAUCCUCUCCUCCAGUCAAACAGCUGCUAGAUGAACCAGAGACUGUCACCACCAUAGUCACUGUGUAUGGGCUGCUUUACAAUGUGGCCUGUCUGAGUGAUAAAGAAAUCUGGACAAGCGGACAAGAUAGUACUAUGGAACUCUAUAGGAUUAAUGAGGGAUCACUACUCAAGUCAAUCAAAACCACGUCAGGGGGCAUACCAUCUAGCUUAUCAGUGACAAAAAGAGGAGAUCUAGUCUGCACUGAUUACAAAAAAAGAACUGUGAAUAUCGUAAAGAAUGACGAGAUAGAGGAAGUGAUCAGACUGCAGAACUGGGAACCUAACGGUGCCUGUAGUACCUCCUCUGGUAAACCUAUCUUUUCUCCUUAUCUUUGCUACAUAACUGAAAACAGGAACCUGGAUAUCUGCGUGUCUGACAAUGGAGCUAAGGCAGUAGUGGUGUUCAAUUCGGCCGGGAAACUUAUAUUCAGGUACACUGGACAUACUUCUGCUGCAUCCUUCAAUCCACAAGGAAUCACAACAGACAGUCAAAGUCACAUCCUUAUAGCUGAUAUUAGCAGUCACUGGGUCCAUAUCAUAGACCAGAAUGGACAGUUUCUCCGUUACAUAGAAUGUGGACUGAGUUGGCCCUGGGGACUGUGUACAGAUACAAAUGAUAAUUUGUUUGUUGCUCAACGUGGACGAAAACAACUAAAGCAGAAAGAAGUGAAAAACACUAAGGACUCCCAGGAAUCUGCGGUGCUACAUGUAGCUUUGACAGAAGAACUCUCAGGCCUGCGGAAUAGAAUUUCGGAAAUGAAACAAAAUACAUCAAAGGUGAUAUCAAAACUUAAAAAGCCUACUGAUGCAGCUAAGCUCACUGAGCAAAAUCCAACUGUGGUUGAUAUAUCAGAAAGACUGAAAGCAUAG